AUGCCAACUCCCACCCCCUCCCUCCCCAUCAUCGACUUUGCGAAAAUCAUCGCACCGACAAUCAGCCGGUCCCCCAACGCGCUCGCCGAAAGCGCAGCCGAGAAGAAACGCCUCUUUGACGCCUUCGUGUCCGUCGGCUUCGUCUACCUCCGCAACCACUCGAUCCCCGCCUUCGCAACCGCAAACCUCUUCGCGCACGCAAAGACAUUCUUCGCCCUCCCCGUCGAGGAAAAAGCAAAAGUCGAGACUGGUGAAUCCAAAGCCUUCCACGGCUGGUUCUCGCCGCAGCGCACGUCCGGCGAUACCACGCACUCGGACCAGAAGGAGGCGUUUGACGUGGGCGAUGACAAUGACCCCACGCGCCCGAACCAGUGGCCCGCGCUCGAGGGCGAAGAGGGGCGGAAAUGGUCCGAAGCAUUCCGCAGCGAUAUGAACUUCUUCUUUGAGCGCUGCCACGACGUCCACCUGGUUUUGCUCCGCGCGCUCGCGAGCCAGGUGCAGGGGGUCGACGAGGCGUUCUUCGAGCCCUUUGUCGAUAACAAGGAUCACUUCUUUCGCGUCAUUUAUUAUCCCGAGACGACGCGCGGCAGCUUCGCGCAGAGGCAGCGUGCCGGCGCACAUACGGACUACGGGACGCUGACGCUGCUCUUUAAUGACCAGUCGGGCGGGUUGCAGGUGCGGACGGCCAGUGGGGAGUAUGUCGAUGCGCCGCCGAUUGAGGGGUGUGCUAUUAUUAACGUGGGCGACCUCCUCGCCCGCUGGUUCAACGACCGCCUGCGCUCGACCGAGCACCGCGUCGUGUCUCCGUCCCCACGCCCCGACGAGAACGGGGUAAUCCCCGAGGUCGUCCCUGCGCGGUACGCGAUUGCCUGGUUUGGGCAUCCGAAUCGGGAUGCGCUCGUUGAGCCGCUCGAGGCGUGCUGCACGGCGGAGAAUCCGAAAAAGUACGGGCCUGUGACUGCGGGGCAGCAUGUCGUUGAGCGCUUGGCGUAUUUGCACAAGAAGGGGAAGAAUACGGACGCUUGGACGGAUGAUAUGCAGCGGGAUGCGAAUGGUGCAAAGGCCCUGGAGGGGCAUGGGGGACAGGGCCGGGUUGCUGUUGCUGCUUAGUGUAGUUGAUUGGUUCUUCUUUUUGUUCGUUCC